AUGCCACUAAAAGACUUCUUCCGCGAGACCUUCGUCGGACGGAUGAUCAACAUAAUAUCUAGGAACAGGUUACUAAGGGCACCGACACCAGAGCUUCCCCAGAGUGACAAACUUGGACAUCAGCUCAGCCGACAAAGCUCCCUCAAUCGCUCAGCCAGUCGAUCAAGCGCGGACGAAAUCGCAGAAAAAGGAGCGGGCGGUCACCUCGUAGACUGGAGCAGCACAACAGACCCAGACAACCCGCAGAAUUGGCCACUGUGGAAGAAACUCUACUCGACCGCAGUGAUAUGCAUCCUCACUUUCUCCAUCUACGUCGGCUCGGCUAUCUAUACCGUUGGCUUGGAAGGCAUUACUGAGCAGUUCCAAGUGGGCCAUGGCACAGCCACGCUGGGCCUCUCUCUCUUCGUCUUUGGCUACGGCAUCGGUCCCAUGAUUCUGGCUCCAUUUGCUGAGGCACCACCGAUAGGCCGUAUGCCGGUCUAUGUCAUCACGCACCUCAUCUUCCUAUUCCUGAACUUCGGCGUGGUGUAUGCCAAAGACAUCGGAAUGCUGCUGGCCUUUCGGUUCCUGACUGGAUUUUUCGGAUCACCCGUCCUCGCGACCGGCGGUGCAUCGCUUGGUGAUGUCUGGUCACCCAAGAAAGUCUCCUACGCCAUCGGCAUCUGGGGCAAUUUCGCCAUUUGCGGGCCAGUUCUUGGUCCACUUGCAGCUGGUUUUGCAGUUCAGGCAAAGGGAUGGAAGUGGUCUAUCUGGGAACUCAUUUGGCUGAACGCCUUCACCGCAGUUCUACUCGUCUUUACACUCGUCGAGACAAGCUCAGACAACAUUCUCUUCCGCCGAGCGACCAAGAUUCGCAAGAUGACCGGGGACAAAGAGUUCAAGACUGCCGCUGAAAUCGAAGCUGAAAGGAUGCCGGUCAAGGAGAUCGUCAUAUCAUCCCUCUAUCGCCCUUUUAUGCUCUGCUUCACCGAGCCCAUCCUCAUGGCCCAGAACCUUUAUCUCGGCCUAAUCUACGCACUGCUAUACUGCUGGUUCGAGGCAUUCCCACUCGUCUUCAACGGAAUCUACCAUUUCAACCUCGGCGAGCUGGGUCUCUCGUACAUUGGCCUCUUGGUCGGAGCUGUGAUCUUUACAAUACCAUACUUCUACUGGAUCCGCAAGAAGAUCGAACCAAACACCAACGAAGACGGCACAAUAGCACCAGAGAAACGUCUUCCAGCUGCGAUUGUCGGCAGUCUCUUCUUGCCCAUCUGCCUGUUCUGGGUUGGAUGGUCUGCACGCUCGUCGGUCCACUGGAUCAUGCCGAUUAGCGGGAGUGCUUUCUUCACCAUUGGAGCUGGAACGCUCUUCAAUGCUCUACUUUCGUAUCAGAGCGAUGCGUAUCCCAAGGUUGUCGGAUCUGUCCUUGCCGGUAACGACUUUGCGCGAGCAAUGUUUGGUUGCUCGCUGCUUGGAUUCUUGUCGAUUGCCUUUAUUCCGAUUCCGAUUGCCAUCUACUAUUAUGGAGAGAGGUCGAGGAAGAGCAGCAAGUAUGCAAGACAUGACAUAUAG